UUGAAAAUUUAGCUUUAUCUUGACAUGAUUUAUACUACCCUACUUGCAGACUGAGUAGCUUCGAUCUUUCCUAGAUAAGUUCGGAUAAGUUCGGAUAAGUUCCGGCCCGUUUUAAUUUGCGAUGUACGUAAUUUUCGGAAGAAAAUAAGGUUAAACUACAAACGAAACUUUCCGAUUUUUUAUUGAUCUGUUUGCCUUCUGAAGCUCGAUUGUCGUAGGUGAAUUUUGUUCUGUUAUUUUUUCUUUUUUAUGGCGCCUUAAAUUACUUGGAUGCAUUUUUAGUUCAGGUAUGCAAUUAAGUGUUAAGAAAGCUAAUUUUUGGUGUACACGGCGUACAAGAAAUGUUCUUUCGACUUGCAAAAAAAAAAAAAUUCGGUGGACUGGUUGAAUUUUAAAACCAAAGUUUAGAUAAUAUUCCAAAAUAAAUUUUGCGUACUAUGUCCUUGGUCCGGCCAAACUAGCCAAAUAGUGAUUGAAAAGGGAAAGCCUGUUUGAAAAUUUCCCAGUAACACUGCCCUUUAUUUAUUAAGCAGUGAUAUAGAAGGCCAUAAAAUGAAACUUAUAUUUCAUUUGGGAGCUGUAGCAUUUAGCAAAGUCAAAAAACUUGGCAAGCAAUGGGCCUAACAAGGAAAAUAUUACUCUGCACGUCCUGCACGUGCAUGACGCACGCUUUUCGGUCGCGGCAUGACUUAGACAACAUUUUGGUGAUGGGAGGUGUUUCUUGAGGACGCAAACAAGCGACGACAGAUAUUUUUUCCCUCUAAACUUUGACUGAAUUCAUUUAAAAUGGUGGCGAAUUGACCUUUUCACGGUUUAGUUUCUUCGAGAGACCAAACGUUAGCUCUUUACACAGAAAUCUCAGUUUGGUUUCGAAUUUUAAGUGAGCAGCCUAUAAAAAUUAUACAGGAAUUUAGAUCAGAUGGUGCUUGGAAGGUUUCUUUUUACGCACUUUUGAUGUCGGCUUCCAAUUAAACCACUGGCCGGACCAGGGGCUUUCAAACGGAGCGGUCAUUUUCUAUGAUGCACGAUUUUCGGCAAAGCUCAGAAGCUCUCCGUUUGUCACAAGUUAGUAAAAUGUUACUGCAACUUUCAGGACAAAUUUCAGCUCACUGCUCUUCUUCUGAGAUAAGAAAUACUCAUUUAUGUCUUUUUCGUCCGGACCGUGAUCGCAACGAGAAAUUCGGCCGAAAACCAUCUGCGAUCAAUGACAGCGAUUGCGGCGCGAUCGCUCCAAUCGCGCCGCGAACUUCGGCCAAAAACGCUAAGCGAUCGACAACAGCGAUCGCUGAGCGAUCACUGCCAUCUCGCCGCGAAAUUCAGCCAAAAACGCUAAGCGAUUAAUGACAGCGAUCGCGGCGCGAUCGCUCUCAUCGCGCCGCGAAAUCCGGCCAAAAACGCUAAGCGAUUGAUGACAGCGAUCGCUCAGCGAUCGCUCUCAUCGCGCCGCGAAAUCCGGCCAAAAACGCUAAGCGAUUGAUGACAGCGAUCGCUCAGCGAUCGCUCUCAUCGCGCCGCGAAAUCCGGCCAAAAACGCUAAGCGAUCGACGACAGCGAUCGCUCAGCGAUCGCUCUCAUCGCGCCGCGAAAUCCGGCCAAAAGCGCUAAGCGAUUGAUGACAGCGAUCGCUCAGCGAUCGCUCUCAUCGCGCCGCGAAAUCCGGCCAAAAACGCUAAGCGAUUGAUGACAGCGAUCGCUCAGCGAUCGCUCUCAUCGCGCCGCGAAAUCCGGCCAAAAACGCUAAGCGAUUGAUGACAGCGAUCGCUCAGCGAUCGCUCUCAUCGCGCCGCGAAAUCCGGCCAAAAACGCUAAGCGAUCGACGACAGCGAUCGCUCAGCGAUCGCUCUCAUCGCGCCGCGAAAUCCGGCCAAAAGCGCUAAGCGAUUGAUGACAGCGAUCGCUCAGCGAUCGCUCUCAUCGCGCCGCGAAAUCCGGCCAAAAACGCUAAGCGAUUGAUGACAGCGAUCGCGCCGCGAUCGCUCCCAUCGCUCCGCGAAUAACGCAGCGAUCGCGCCGCGAAAUCCGGCCAAAAACGCUACGCGAUUUUGACAGCGAUCGCGCCGCGAUCGCGGCGCGAUCGCUAAUAAAUUUUUACAAGGGGCGUGAGUCCCUUGGUGAUAACUUUUGAAUAAGCUCAACAGCCUUGCGACUGUUCUGUUAUUCCCACUUUGUGAUCAGGCAAGACCAUGGUUUCGGUUCUCCACGUGAACCUCAUCAGUUGCCAGGUUGGCUUUUUUUUAGUUGCUUCUACAAGAGCAAAUCUAGUUAUUCGUUCUGUGCUGUUAUUUAUUCUGCUCCAGUUAUUUGUUUUGUAAAUUGUGAUUAUGUCAAGUGUUGAUAGUGGCUGGGGCAUUUUUGACAGAUGUUGACAGAUUUCCAUGGAAGAGCCAAUCAGAGUUUUGCAUUGUGAGAGCUACGCAUAAGUUCAAAAGUUUGGGCUUUGUCUGCAGCCCCUCAUUUUUCUCUCUUCCUGCUGCGUGUCGCCUUUUCUCGUGUGGGGUGAUUUUCACGUGUGCUUGCGUUUCGCUCGCUCUACUAUCCCUGAGGACAAAUGGGGGACUACUUGUAGUCUACUUGAAAGGCGCUUUAUGCAGUGAAAAAUACCUCUAAAGGAGAAAAUGUAAGUGCAGGUCUGACAGUAAAUUGCAAAAUUUUUAUUAUUGUGUAGUCUUGUUCCAGUUUGCAGAGUAUCAACUGUUACACUUUUAGACCAUGAAGCCAUGAAUUUUUGUCUGUAAUGAACAGACAAAACUUUUUGUCUGUAAUGAAUCAGAAUGUGAUUGCACAAUAUGCAAAUAAUUCCUCUUUCUGCUACAAUGUUCUAGUUUUAGCUGUUUUGUACAAGUUAAUUAGACUUCUUUUCAUUGCGAAUGGGUUCAGCAUUUAAGUUUCCUAAAAUUACCAGCAUCACAUUACCUCGGCGCUCUGCAAGCCGGACACCUCUCUAAGACGUCUUAGAGAAAGUUGAUAGUACUGUUUCGUGCUGCUGAACAGGGUAUACAAUUUCACUAUUUUACUAUUUAGCAUUUUGAAAGGGUGUCUUUUUGGACUGGAGGCAAGGUGAACCAAAUGACUGCUCCAUUAUUUUCUCAUUUUAUCUUUUCCAGAUGGGAUGGGGUGAUUUGGGAGUAUUUGGCCACCCAGCAAAAGAGACACCCCAUCUGGACAAUAUGGCAGCAGAAGGAAUACUCUUUCCAGAUUUCUACUGUGCAAAUCCACUUUGCUCCCCUUGUAAGUGUUUUGUUUCUUAAACUCUCACAUUAUAUUAACUGAGGUUAAUUUGUUCCUUGGGUAAAUUUGUUUUCAAGCCAGGUCUAUUGGUGAACUAUUACAGUCAAUUCAUUUUCAGCUGAGGUCGUAAAAUGGGCGGAAAAUGGUUCGAUUGUACAUUAUCAACUAGUUGUCUUGCAAUGAAUGAUCUUCAAUUAUCAAGGCACUGAAAAAAGUACUUGCCAAAUUUUCCAAACCCAAAAAAUCCCAAAAAGGAAAAUUUCAAAUUGUCAUAUAUGGAAGGUUAAACUCAUCUCCAUGAGGAGAGUCAUAGACUGCUUGCAGUCCGCCUUUUCUCUUAAAAUCGGUCUAGUUCUUGAUCUCAUCCAGUGUGAUUGCAUACCACGAUGUUAUUAUAUAGGGAUCGAGAUGAGAUGAGAAAAGACAGACUGCUGACUCUUUUGUAGUAAACAAACCCUCCGUCAGCCAAGAAACGGAGUAACCGAUUGGUCAAUUGCACAACUGGUGAGAUUGCAAGCAAUAAAAAUAGUCACGCAUCACAAACAACUGCAAACGAUAGCGAACCAAGCAGUAAUCUCUGUAAUAAAACUUUUAAGGAUAUCUUACAGAAGGAAACUGCUGUAAAUUUCCUCAAGGGAAACGAAUUCAAGGCAAUAUUACUGGAUUUAAAGAAAGUGUAAGAUUUUCAGUUGUUUAUCUUCUAUUUAUAAAUCGUUUCAAGUUACUUGGGUUUAAUUGAUAAAUUAAAUUACCUUGACAGCUUCGUUUUCCCCAGACAGAACAAAAGAGUCAGCAGUCUCUUAUUUUUUCUUCUCAGGCUUACGCCCUUGUUUCUCGCGCAAGCCGCUUCGCCACUUGCGUGCUUUGCAUGUAGUAACUUUGCAAAGAAAAAUAAGAGACUGCUCGCAGUCUAGGAGAGUCAGGGAUAGGUGCCUGAAAGCUCCUUGCAGGUGGCAUUAAGUGAAUGCAGAAGAUAAACAUGCAGACAAAAUACCCUGUGAGCAGCAACCACAGACACCAUCACACUGAAUUGUUGGCUUUCACUAGUGUCACUGACCAUCAAAGAUCAAAACCAUUCAGUAGAUUAAGUCCAAAAUCUGGGAAAUGAAAGGAGGUGAAUAUCCAAACAGCCUUGCCAAGAAUCAGGUCUGUGCAAUUUUACCAAAUAAGCAAGAUACUGAGGAAUGUCUUACCCAAAUUUAUAGAGCUUUGUAUGGAGACGCCAUGUUGGUAUCCCUCAUGAGGGGCACCAACAUGGCAGCUGGAAACCAACAGUAACAUCUGUCACUGAGUUUUGCUACAAUAUUGUUUGAUCAUUACUUGAGGAACCCUGUCAGCUGCUUUUAAACCUCAUGAAAGUAAAACUUGGAACUUGAUAAUUUUCAAUUUGAAUUUUGCUGACAUCACAUCCAGCCAUUCAGCCCUCAGUGGAAAAGUGAAAUACUUACCAAAAAACAAAAUUGUAACCUCUGCUUGUGAAGAGCAGUUAUGUGAGCUAAGUGGUUUGACCAAGUCAACUGGAGAUGUAAGUUCAUGUAAAAGCCCUCAAGUUAUCUCACAUAUUAGUGAACAAGGAGACCAUUGACCAGCAUUGUAUAUUCAGUUUAACCGGACCUAAGUUACAUUUAGCUGGUUAUCAUUUCACUAACCAGGUUCAGAUUCAGGUUACCAUGGUGAGCAGAACCCUAACAAAGAGCAGGGUGCAAAGAAGAUCAUUUUUACAGCUUGCCAUUUGGGCAGGCUGAAGCUAGCAUUUACUAGCCAAUUAAGACAUCAUUAUUUUCAACUAGCCCUAAAAGCUUUUCGUCAAGCAGAAUUUAUUUCACACUUCUUCUGUUUUUCGAGUUCCUCAAAGAACAUCUCUUGCCCGUUGGGCAAGUUAAAAACUGAUUUCACUAACCCGAUAGUAAAGUCCACCAGCCCCGGGCUAUCGGACACUACUUUCUUUGCGCGCUGAAAGAGCUAUCUGUGCAUGUGUUUGGUUGAUGCUAGUCUGACCUGACAAUGCAGGAUUUAAUCCACAAGUGCAUGGAUACUCUGAGUUCCCUUGUAGAGCAGUGUACAGUGUAAAAUAACAGUAAAGUAUACUUUAUUUUUGUUAACUUAACAACAAGUACAGUAUUGAAAAAUUUCAGAAAGUCUAAAGGAUGCUACUGUUAUUUAUUACCACCUUCUCUGCAAAUUCAGCAAUAUAUAUAUAUAUAUUAUUUUACUACUGCUUUGUCCUGCAUUAAGUAAUUUUUCUGAAAAAAUUAUUGUUAGUGGUUCUUCUUCAUGCUUUGUGUUUUCCUUGGACAGCACGUGCCUCAAUACUCACUGGCCGUCUUCCAAUCCGCAAUGGAUUUUACACAACCAAUGAUCACGCUCGAAAUGGUAAGUGAUCCUUUUAUUAGUCUAAAGGUAUAAUAAUUUAUUUAUUUCUGGUGGUCUCUAACGGGCAGGCUAUGCAAAUGUGCAUUGUAUAGUAAUUUUAUUCUUUUGAAAGCGUUAAUCCUAGAAUAUUCAAUAUUACCACCUUUUUAGGUUAUACUCCUCAGAACAUUGUUGGUGGAAUCGCAGAUAGUGAAAUUCUCCUGCCAAAGAUUCUUAAAACAGAAGGUUAUUACAGCAAAAUAGUGGGCAAAUGGUGAGCUGAGUAGUUUAUUAUUGUUACAAAACAGUAUGAUCAGUCAAUGUAAUUUCUUUCUCCGCAUUAUAUUAGUUUGUCUAUAGAUUUACUUUCUUAUGAGAGUUUUAGAGAAUUAAGGCAAGUACAGUACUAGUAUUUGGAAAAAGAUAUACCGGUAUAGCAAUGUAUUAUAAUAUUAUUAUAACAUAACACAUCCUCAAAUGACCAUACUUAAGGCUGUUUCUGAGAAAGAUUGUAGGGAGUGCAAAUUUAUUAAUCAAACAAGUAUGAUCUUGUCCAUAAUAUUACUUUGUUGACUUGUGUAAUAAAACAGUUCCAUGCUUUUUCUUGUCUAUACAGCAGACCAUGUUGUCACUACUCACUUUGCUUGUGUGUGUUACAUAUAACUUGAGAAUACUUUAUUCCUUCUAUAGAUUCUCAGCAGGUAGAACCCAAAUCACUAUUCAAUAUUUAUAUUAUACUAACAGGCAUCUUGGGCACCAGCCACAGUUUUUGCCUCUGGAGCAUGGGUUUGAUGAAUGGUUUGGUGCCCCUAACUGUCACUUUGGUCCAUAUGAUAACAUUCACACUCCUAACAUCCCUGUUUACAAAGACAACAAGAUGAUUGGCAGGUAAUAAAAGCCCACAAUCUACAGUGGAAGCUCUCAUAAGCAGACACUCUUGUCAAGCCAAAUUAAAGGUGUUCAUUACUGGGGCUGGCCAGUAAAAUACAAUCAGUCAGAAUGGUUCUCAUUUGUGGCUUCUAGGGACGUACGAAUUAAAAGGCCGCUUCCGGGAGCUUGCCCAACCACGAAUAAACAUUUGAAAUGAAAAGACUGGUCGAUAGAGUUUGGUUAUACUGUUUUUCUGACAAUGUUGUAAUUCAGUCACAAGCAUAAAAGAUGAAGUGGUGUUUUGAAGUGUAAAACUAAACCUGGUGUAAAUUCUUUGUGACAGCUACAUGAUGUUGAUAUGUAAAUUACAAGAUUCAGAGGUGAGAUUAAAUUUCAGGUAUCUGCCUUUGGGAGCCUGAAAGUAAGGCUAAAAUCUAACUCAUAAACCCAGAAAGUGUCCUUGACUGCCUAUGUGAAUUUGUCCGCUUAUGGGAAAAAUACAGAGUUUGUGUGGGGGUUGAGACGGGGUUUUGUGAAGGUGGCUGUAAGUACAGCUGAGAGUGGUGUCCAUCAAGAGAGCUUCCACUGUCUGAUGUAUUUUAAGUUGACCCAAAAAUUCCCAUAAAUAUCUCGUUCUACUACCUGCCUGCAAUCCUUGUAUCUAAACAUGCCUUGUUAUGAAACCAAGGAAUCGAAGGGGUAGGGAGAGGUGGCCAUGCCAUAUCUGUAUAUUUAAAAGGUCUUUGACGUUAAAUUUUUAGCUUGCAUUGUCUGUUCUUUAAUCUUUUAUUCUGCCAUUUUUCAGAUAUUAUCAGCAAUUUGCCAUAAGUCGUAAGACAGGAGAAUCUAAUCUGACUCAAAUCUACACAGAGGUAGAUAUCACAUUUUGCAGUAUUCUUUCCUGUAUAUCAUUGGAUACUUUAUUAUACUAGUCAGUAGCAAAAACUUUUCUCAAAUCACUUGAAAUGAAGGUUCAGACCAUUUACAUGCAGGCAAAAACUUUGAAAAUUGGGAAGUUGUCAUAAAUAUUAUUCAUGUUGUUACUGACAGUAAUUUUAUUGUUGACUUAGCCCUCCAAUACUGGUAAAAGUUAUUGAUAUUUUGAAAAGUUGACAAAGCAAGAAAUACUUUGCACUUGUUAUUUUCACAAUGAUCAUUGAUGUAUAAAAUGUAUUUUGAUGUAUUUUUCUGUUUAGGAAGCACUUGAUUUCAUUGAAACCCAAGCAAAAACUCAGAAGCCAUUCUUCUUGUAUUGGGCCCCAGACUCCACCCAUACACCUGUGUAUGCAUCAGCUCAAUUCUUGGGUACUAGCCAAAGAGGACUGUAAGUAGUAGUCAUUAUACAGUAACAGUGCUGAUCAUUAUAUAAUAAUAAUAAUAAGAAGAAGAAGAAGAAACCCUCUUUCCUCCCAAAGUCUAUAGUUUGGAUCCUCGCGAUUAAACUAGUAUAUCGUAUAUAUAAUAUUAUAAAAUAAUAAUGCACAUUUCGCCUCUUGUUGACUUUUAGUACUCAGUUAGAUAAAACAGCUCUCAAAGUUAUUGUGAAGAAUGGAGAAAAUCAGCCUCUUUGGAAUCGUACUGCCGGCACAGUUGAUAUCAAUUAAGACAAAACAGUGAAAGAGGCUUGAGAUCAGUUAAAGCGGAGUUUUAAAGUAAAUUAAAGAUAAAGCAAAGCAGCUGUAAUGCAUAUGUUACUAACAGAAAAAUACGGAUGUGACCAAGAAAGCUAUGAGGAAGUUCAAAGAGAAUGCAGUGCAGACUGGGUGUCCCUCUAUCAUCAAAGAUGUUGUGAAGUAUGCAUCAGAGCUAACUGUUUUGAUUUUAAAGCAUCUUAUUCCAAGAGCUAUCAAAGGGGGUAGUGGAGAGUAGUGAAAUUAUGGAAGAAGAGGAAAGGCAAGGGAAGCUACUAAAAGAGAACAGGAGGACCCAACUAUUGAUAAUGGAUGGUGUUUAAUUCGUAGAUGCUUAGCUGGAGAUCAGCCCCAAUGUACACUAUAGCAAACGUGCAGAAACUGUACCAACAAUUCACCAAGUAGUGCCUUGUUAAUGUAAAGCCAGUUUGAAAUGCUCCAUUCUCCUUUUAAUUUUCAUGUAUGUAGUUGUGAAUCAAUCAUAUUGAUCAGGAGUAACUUAAAUGCCCGGGGCGGGGGGGGGAGGGCAUUGGGUAUUUUUUGGGUGGGUAUGUGCCGCCUGGUACUUAAAAUUGGCACCCUGUUCUAAAAAAUAAUUUCCCCUAAAAUUGAUACCCCGUUCUAGAAAUGGGCCAAUUUUUUAUACCCCGUUCUAGAAUUCGCUCUAAAACUGAUACCCCAUUCUAAAAAUGGGCCAAUUUUUUAUACUCCGUUCAAGAAAGUUUGUAUAUUGAAAUAGCCCUGUUUUUUUAAAAAGAUAUUUCUUCAUUUGUUCGACUUAUGCAUCAAAUAAAUGCUUCAUUAUAAUCAGCAACAAUUGUAAGCAGAAGAUAAAGCCGUGAUCCACAAGUUUUUAUACCCCGUUCUAGAAAACGCCUCUGAAAUGGAUACCCUGUUCUAAAUCAGGAGCUUCAAAAUCACUACCCCGUUGGGCGGCACAUACUCGUAUAGUUAAUGUAUGGGAGUACCCCCACCUGCCCGGGUUUAAAUGUGACUGAAGGAGUGACUGAAAUAAGGCCCUUAGUGACUUUUGAUGUACUAUCAAAUUCUCCCCUUGAUUCACAAGCAUAAACAGGGGGCUUGGGGUCUUAUUCCAGAUACCCUUUUAUGGUGACUAUUAGAAUUCUCUUUAACAGGUAUGGAGAUGCUGUGCGGGAGUUAGAUGACAGUGUUGGAAGGAUUCUACUGAAACUGAAAGACCUUGGCAUAGCCAACAAUACCUUUGUAUUUUUUUCAUCAGACAAUGGAGCAGCUUUGGUAUCAAAGACAAGAGGUGUGAAAACCUUAAACAUUGAGUUAUAGUCAAACCUUUCUAAAGGGAUGGUUACCUUUAGGGACUGGUGAACUGACUGCUUAGUGCAGUUUGACCCAUUUUAAACACAGCUAGGUUUAAUUUAAUUAACACCGUAAAUCAAGCAAAGAAGAUGACUAUUUAUUACAUAUCAAAUUGACCUUAAUUAAGGGGAUCUUAAGAAAACCAUGCAAGAAUUUUCCUGUUUGUUAAUUUGUCUGUUAUUUUAGUUGGAAGGUAGACAACUUUUAGAGGGAAAUUAAUAGAAAGUAAUGGGUAUCAAAGACGUGAUUCUAGCACAGGAGCGCCCUUAAAUUUUGUCAGAAGAUACCCUUAAUACAGGUUUGCUUUAAUUUACCCAUUUACAAUCAUGUAACCAUUUCUUUUGUUCCCAUAAAGGUGGAAGUAAUGGCCCAUUUCUUUGUGGAAAAGAGACUACAUUUGAAGGUGGAAUGAGGGAACCAUCCAUAGCUUGGUGGCCAGAGCGAAUUAAACCUGGCCAGGUAACAUUUUUUUUUUUAGGGCCACUAACACUGGAAACAUAUCUGACACAAAGUCAAGACUCAAAUUUCUUUGGUGGUCGCUUAUGACCUAAGGGAGUUCUACCAAAUAAAGGGACAAAACAAUUACGUGCUUGAAAAGCAGGGUUUCAUACAUCCAAAGAACAAUGCAGUCAAGGCUAUGUUGAGUUGCUUAGUACAGUGUACAUAAAGCUACCAAACAUCAAAAUAUAAUGUCAGGGUUUAAACUUUCCAAUAUGAAAGGACAAAAAAAGUCUAUUCAAUAUAAGCAUCAUAUUAUUCAAUUUGAAUGGUAGUAGGUCAGACCUUGCAUCAAGUGGUUGAAUAUAAACGGUUAAAAUCAAAUAUGGAAUAUCUGAAAUUAUUGCUACCCAACAGGGCUUGGAAGUGGUUUGACUGUAACAAUUUGGGAUUUUGAAUCGCUGUGGUCACACAUAGAGGUCCACAGUUUUAAUCCAUAGGAAAAUCUUGCCCUAAAAAUGUUCAGCUUUAGUACAUGUGUCUUGAUGCAACUGGGUUUUUGUUUAUUUGUUUUAGGUUAGUCACCAGCUUGGCACACAAAUGGACUUGUUUUUUACAGCUCUUCUGUUGGCAGGAGCGAAACCACCAUCGGGUGUAGUGCUUGAUGGCAUAGAUCUUACCCCUACUCUUUUUAAUCACACCAUAACUGACAGGUAUUUGAUAUUUUGUAUUCACAGUCACACCAAUGGCUAGAAUUCAGUUAGUUUGUGGCUAAAAAUGUGAUAUGUUCUUAUACAAGAAUUAGGUCACUCUAUCCCGUUCUCGCUAUCUAUUUUGCAGGCAUAUGGGCAAGCUGUAAGAUGUCGUGUAAAAACUGCUUUUCAAUUAUUUGAUGAUAAACUAUGAGUAAUCCGAGCUUAGGAGGGUGCGUUCGAUAUAUUUUUUAGGCAUACAGGUAGCAGUUGAGGGGGGAAGGGUGAUUGCGGUAUAGAUAAAUAUGAUUAUGGCAUAUUUUGAACGUAAGGGUUGCGUACAGCGAGUCGACGACGAAAAGGCGAUCUCAACAAAACCUCCCUUAUAAUUUGCACAGGACACCCAAUAAUGCACAAAACACCCAACAAAAAUUAGGGGUUGCGUUCUUGUACCUCGACCGCGAAAAUACCAAUGGUAGUGGUUGCAGUUAAGAAACAAAACAAAUGGAAAUCCCACAAAGAGGUUUUUAGAUAUGACCUUUCUGCUGAAGUUGAGUUCAUUUAAAACUGAGCAGUGAAAUCAGUUGUAAUGAGUGAUACUCCUUUGCAUCAGUUUACAUAAAAGAAAAAUCAAAAUUGUAAAACUAUAUUGUAAAUUGAUACAAAUUUUAGAGUUGCUAUAAGUUGCCGAGUUGAUAGCUAUAAUUUCAAUACAAGUAAAAACAAUGACAACUUUCAACCCCCUUAUGGAGCAAUUCAUUUAUUGAACUUUAUCUGCGAGUUCCUUGUAAGUAGCUUCGGACUUGAUGAGAGUUAAGACAUCAGGAAAUCGCAUAUGUGGUUGAAAUAUGUUGUCCGCGUAUUAUGCCCGAAAAAAGGUGAGAACAAGGUUCAACGAUAGGACGCGGUAGAUUUUCAGUUAAUCUAUAGAGAGGCCCCCGUAUUAUUAACAUUUAUGUUCUCUCAGCUCAGAUAUCAGCUCUCACUCUCUCAUUUCUGUCGAUAUAGUGUUGUCUUGUUUUAAAAAUAGGCCCUUUGCAGCUAGUUGGCCAUCGUGGAGAGGAAGGCUGGGACGUACCAGAAAAGACAAACGCAACCAUUUUAAAUGAAGUGACCUCUUUAUUUGUCUUAUCCCAGAGCGUCCUUUGCGCUUCAGUAUCGCGGUGUUUACCGAGUGAAAGACUAACUGCAAAGGACCUAUCACCCUCUAGCCUGUACACAGGGCACGUUGUUUCAUUUUUCUUUUCGAAAAUCGAUGAGCACGCGAGCGAAGAGAACGUGUGAGAGCAGGGCGGAUAUAUUCUCCCUGUGUGAGAGCGAGGGCGGAGCACGCGCGCGCGCGCUCGACGAUCUUUAAAGUGAACAGGCUAAUUACCGUCGAUGUGAAAGGGUGAUUACGGAUAUCAAUAUUUCAUAGGGAAGUAAGUUUGUGUUGUCUGUCUGUCUGCAGACCUGUGUUUUUCUAUCGCGGUAACGAGAUGAUGGCCAUUAGAUAUGGAUUGUACAAGGCUCAUUACUGGACCUGGACAAAUGGUUGGGAAGAAUUCCAUGUAAGAUUAAGAAAACUCGUAAUACAGUACAUAACAAGGGUGCAUGUAUCAUGAACAGUAAAAAACGAAAAUGCAAAUAAGUAGAGGUGAUUGGUACUAUUACAAGGUAUUUAAACUGUGAACGGAGGGAUCAGUGUCACAUAAGUUCCCCUUGCUUGUGUUCGUGCUGCAAAUCUUAAACUUAGCCUUGGAAUUUAUCUGACUCUUCCAAAAUGUAGGUUCCUAUAGUGCUGAGCCUAGAGAUCGGCCACUGAGCUUUUACAACUGCUAACCGCUUAGGUCGCAAAAAGAAAGGUCGCUAAGGAAAACUAAUCAAUUUUUCAUCGGAGAGUCGGAAUAACCUAUAAAUUUUUGCAUUUUCUAAGAGAGACUUUCUAAACUCGAAAAAACUGACCUUUUUUCAAGUUUUAAUUCCAAAAAUGUGUUUAAGUAUCACACUGAUACCUCUGAAAGUACUAUUACUCUCAUCUUGUCGUUUUUACAACCUGCGUGUGUGUUUUGAAACACGUUGGGCCAGUUAUUUCAACGGAGUUUAGCCAGUGUUUAACUAAGCUGCGCUCUCAGCCAUUUUUAGAUUGCCCAACGCUUUUAUCUUAACACUAUUUAUCGUGAAAAGUUUCGUGAAAGCAUAAGGCGUAGACUGGAAAACCACUUAUCAUCUUAAAAUAACCCACUAUGCAAGAGAUCUGGAGGUCCAAAGAUUUGCUAAACUGCCGCCUAAGUUACACUUCGUUUAAGUAAUCGACCCUUGCUUUUAUCUUUCAGAGAGGAGUAAAUUACUGUCGCGGAGAGAAUGUCACAGGCGUUACGACGCACGACCAGAUGAAUUACACUUCAUCACCUGUUCUGUUUCACCUGGGACGGGACCCUGGCGAGAAAUACCCCAUCGAGUAUAACAAGGCUAAAAUUACUUGUUUUAAAUACUAUAGACCACAAGUAACCUUUUUUGUUAGUCUCAAUCUAAACGUUUAACUGGUACAGUCGAACCUCUUUUAGCGACACCGUUCUUGAACGGCCACCUCCCUACAAUGACCCACCUGAGUUGGUUUACGGUCAAGUUUUCACCCGAAAGUCAUCUCACCCGAACAACGCUUGAAAGUAUGUCGCCCGAAGCUUCUUAGACUUACACAACAAUGCAGUUACUAUCCUUUUACGCUUAUUCCUAUUUUCGGGCCUAAAGAACGACGAAUAAAGAUUUCUAAAUUGCUUUCUAGGCUUUCUGGCUAGUUAAGCGUAAAUUAAUUCCGCCGCUCGGGCGAGAUGACUUUCGGGCGACUUGACCCGUAGUUACCUUCUGUUCGGUAACCGUUCAAGUCGCCCGAAAGUCAUCUCGCCCGAAAUGUCAAAGAGCAGAGAAAAACAAAGUUAAUUUUUGUUAAAUCAGGGGCACCCAACGACUGUUUUCCGUGAAAUAUCUGUUCGGAGAAGCAAAAAUUGCCUAGAAUUUUCUAUAGCUCGAGAAAGGCUAAAAAUUUCUAGAUGACCGUUCCAUUCACAUACAAUUUUCGAAGCUUAUCUAAUAAAUUCCUACGAUUUUCUGAAGUUUAAUUUUUCCCGUUUCACUCCCCAGAUUAGGCUAUUUUUCGUAGAGAAAGGAAACGUAAAAUUUUUGCAAUCGAAAAUGCGAUGCAGAGAGGAAUCAGAAAAACUAUCACUUUCGUAAAACUUUAAAUUGCAGCUAAAAUUUUCGGGAAAAUAAUACUGAAGCCCUCGUAAUUUCGAAAAGACUCAAGUUGCCCUAGGCUGAUCGAACAGAUAUAAAUUUUUUUGGGCCACUUAGAAUACAUUCCUAGAGAUCAGAAAGUACUCUGGAUAACCGAAAACGUGUUUUCAAAGUAUUUAGGGGGAAACCGUCGUUGGGUGCCCCUGUUAAAUAAAGAGUAUGCCGACGAAACAAGCGGAAUGAAUGUGUAACAUGCCUCGUGCUUUAAGCGACGAUGAGACGAAACAAGCGGUAUAAAUGAGUAAUAUAUCUCGCUCUUUAACCCUUGAUUAACAACGAAUCAAGCGCGAUAAAUGAGUAAUAUAUCUCGUUCUAUAAUCUUCGAUCAGAAGAAGCAAGCGCGGCAUAUGGUAAUAGGGAUGCCAGGAUAUUGUUGAGCAUGAUAAAAUUUCAACCACAAAACUCAGCACUUCAGGCGACUUGACUAAACAUUUCGUGCGACAUAACUCUGAUUUCGGGCGGCAUACCUUCGGGCGAGAUGACUUUCGGGCGACUUGUGCGUAAACCCUUCUGUUCAAUUACCUCUGUCCCAAAGGUGAUCGUUGUGGACUGAGCUGGGAGGUUUAACUGUUAUUAUUGAUAGCACGAGAAUGCACAGGCGCAAGACUUAAGUUGAAUGUUAACAUUCAAGGAUUUUGUGUAGAGAUUUAAAGUCCAAUUUGCAUUAUGUACUUCCCUAACUGAUUGUAAGAGUCUUAUGGUAAGACCUUCGUUUUGAAGAUCAUUUAUAAAAAGGCAGAAACAGACUAAUAUGCACACGUCCCUGUUUGCGCCGAUUGAAGUAAUCUUAAAUGUGAAAAGAUGUGGUUUUCGCCAGUAAUGUCAUGAGCGUAUGAUAGCUAAAGAGGAACUCGUGGUUGUCCAUCUGAAAGUUCGUUGGUGAAAUGUGUUCUGCACACUGUUUAGUCUAGACUACGGGUAGUCCCCCCUUUUUCCUCAGGGAUAGUAGAGCGAGCGAAACGCGAGCGCGCGUGAAAAUCACCCGACGCGAGAAAAGGCAACACGUGGCGGGGAGAGAGAAAAAUGAGGGACUCCCUCAUUUUUCUCUCUCCCGGCCGCGUGUCGCCUUUUCUCGCGUGUGGUGAUUUUCACGCGCGCUCGCGUUUCGCUCGCUCUACUAUCCCCGAGGAAAAAUGGAGGACAACUCGUACACACUGUUUAGUCUUAAGAAUCUAAGUAUCGGAUGCCACAACCUGGUUAAUUUAUAAGAAAGAUAGCUCUUAGUAGUACGAAGUGUGUAUUUAGCCUCCCACACAGACCCUCUUAGGGCUUCGUGGGGACGCGGGAACGCGUGUCGAUGCCCUAAGCACCUCUGCUUGGGAGGCUAGUAAAAGUAUUGUUAAUCUCUCAAUAACAGAUCCUCUACUCCAGAGUACAAGGAAGUUAUGGUUACAAUAAGAGAACUAGUGUCCGAACACAAGUCAAGUCUGAUACCGGGAAAACCUCAGCUAAACAUGUGUGAUCCAGCUGUAAUGGUAUGUAACCACAUAGGGCCGUGAGUUUCAAGUUCAGGGUACCGCUUAUUGACUACUGUAACAAUUCAGGCGAUUUUGGAAGCAUAAUAGGUCUUUUUAAAGUGUUUUAUUUUUGAAAUGUUUACAAAAAUGCGUUACCGUAAAACAAAACAUUCAAAGCUAAGAAAUAGUGACUCUCCAAAGAGAAAUAAUAACAAGUUUUCUGUGUUGAAAUUUACCCGCUUCCAAAUCGUUUGUGCCAAUUCAGUGUUGUCCCAAGGAAUAAAUGAAGGUACGAGUUCUUUCGGUUAGCUAGUACAGACCAUCUUCAAAAUCAUAUGAUUGUUCUUUCCACGCCUUUAACCCUGAAUAACGAGAGAAUACCACAGUUACAUGGUGCUCAGAGGGUCGGAAUAAGAAAUCUUAAGUAACGCUAAGAUGGCAGUUGAAGUAGCACUUGUCCAUCUCAGUAACAAUCAUUUAUACUUCAUGUUCUGCAGACUAGAAAAGAAUAAUUAAGUAGGAAAAAGCUGGAUCCAUUAGAAGUUGUGCCCGCGGGGUGAUUACCAACGGCACUAAAAGCGUUUCCUAAUUGUGCUCGCUGCCGACUCAACAGGUUCAAAAGGUUUGAUAAAAUUAGAGAGGCUAUGUGACACCUAUUUUUUUAUUUCUAGAACUGGUCACCCCCUGGAUGUGAAGACAUUGAUGAAUGCCUUAAAGCACCUCCAUCAAAUCCUACAAAAUGCCACUGGCCUCAUUGAACGGAAAACAAUGAACUACAGACAACCAACUUGGGUUCAGUUACUUGCAGACCUUCUCUCUUGCUCUAUCACGAACUUUAUUUACAACCGAGACUAAAUUGCAUUUAGUAAAUAGUGUCAUCAGGGGCAAACAACGAGAAUGUAGGUCAAAACCACUUAAACAUAGCAUUGCUAAACGUUUUUUAGUAUUUAAACGGUAGAUAUAGGCAUAUUUUUAUCCCCUAAAAAUUUUUCAUCUGUUUGGAUUUCCUAGCUGAAAGUCUAGUGAUCCGAAAAUUAUUGGGAUCAAAAGUUAUCUUUUCGAAAAUUUCAGCCAGAAAAAAGGCUCCCGAAAAUUCUAGGUGACCUUUUUAGAGAAAAAAUCCGUUAAAAAAGGGCAGUUAUACCAUUUUUUAGAUGUUCGAAAAUCCUAGGAGAGACAGGUGAGCAAGAAAUUUUACAGCAAAUGUUCCGAAAAUUCUAGAUCUCAAAUCGUCUUCCGAACAGAUAUUUUCCGAAAAUUGACGUUGGGUGCCCCUGUAUCAUGAACCCACCAUACGAAUACCGAAAGGAGAAAACACCAACUAGCCAACAAACAAGAAUUCGCAGUAGUACUGCGGAAAGCAUGAGCAUGCAGCCGGUAUUGUGAAGUGUCAUCGGUUCGAUUCUCGUUUAGGUCACUCGGUAUUCUUCUUUUUGAGUUUUUCUUGGCUUGAAAACGUUUUUCUCCGUGUAAAAGAUAGUAGUAGUUUAGCCUGGUACCAGGUUCCGUAAUGAGGGAAAGAGCGAACAAACCAAACAGGGCGAGCGAAGCGAGCCGAUCGGUGACCCGCUUUUUCCCCCAGCAGUUAACACUAUAGUUGUGAGUUUCCUUCGAGCGAGGUAUAAUAAUAGAAACUUGCAGAUAACUGCAUAAAUGGUAUGAUUUACAGAUGCCUAAGGCAGUUGACUGUAUAUUUCAGAUAAGUUAAAUUAUUGGUAAUCAAUAGCAAACGGAAAAAAGUUUUUCACUAAACUAAAGUAUAUAUGGGUGAAAAAUAAGAGGAAUAACAUUCCCAUACUUUUUGGACUAGUUGUAUGCCAAAAAAUGUUUUUUAAAAGUGAAGUGUUAAAUGAGGGGAAAAAAUGGAAUCUUUUAUAUCUUUGCCAAAGGGGUUGAAUAGAUUUACAAAGAUUGUUCUACGGAUAGGAAGCGUAAUAUCCUGAAUCGCAUAUCUGAUGACAUUUUGUGCAUGAAGCCUUUGGUAGAGGAAAUGCGCGAGUUGAGGUAGCGCUCGAAUCGCGUUACAUUUCACAAUAAAAUACGCAGUUCUCUCUGUCUUAAUUUUAAAGUUUUUAGUAUGUUAUAAUUAUUAAAAGGAGCUGUUUAAUAUAACGGUUAGAUUUUGAAAAAAAAUAUAUAAAAUAUAUAAGAAACUGGCGAGGGCCUAAAUAAACCAUGAAGUUUACAAGUUAGAAUCUUUACAAUCU